UUGGAUAAGAAUUGAUAAUCUUUGGGUUUGUUGUUUUGAUUUUUUUUUUGUGUUGAAAAAUUGUUCUUGGAAUUUGAUUUGGUGAGCAAAUUUCAUUGAUAAAUCCAAAUGUCUCAACAUGAUGGUGUUAGCUGUGAUUCUUGUCUUAAAAGUGACUUUCGAGGUAAAAGGUUUAAGUGUUUAAACUGUCCAAAUUUUGACCUUUGUGCUGAAUGUUAUGAAUCUGGUGCCAGGGCAACGGGACAUAAUCCAAAUCAUGCAAUGCAAUGUAUUCUUACGAGAUCUGAUUAUGAGGUAUUCUAUGGUGGUGAACCAUAUAAUACGGAACAGGCUUAUUCGUUUACCUGCCCGUUUUGUGGACGAAUGGGUUUUACCGAGAUAACUUUACAUGAGCAUGUUUUACUUGAACAUUCAGGGGUAACUCAGGAAGUUAGUUGUCCAAUUUGUGCUUCUGUACCUGAUUGUGAACCGGCUCAUGUUACAGAUGAUUUUUCAACCCAUUUAGCAUUAGAACAUCGCAAUAUUCGACCUAAUUCAGCUCGUGUUUUACCAAGUAUUAGUGGAAGACCAAGGCGAUCACAAUUACAAUUACAUGCUGCUCCAGGUUUCUCUGCCAGUAGUGGAAGUAGGGGAGAGUCAAUGGAUCCAAUAGCUGAAUUAUUAUCUACUUUAUCUGGAGUUCGUCGAGCUGCAAAUUUAGGUCAAUCUCAGUCAAAUCAAAUACAACAACUUCACAUGCAAUUACAGCAGGAACGAAACGCUGGUUCAGGAAAUAUUGGAAGCUUAUCAAGUGGAGGAAGUGGCAGUGGACCUGCUGCAGAUUUAAGUAAUAGUGGAAUUAAUAUUCACGGUAGUGGACGUGGAAGUAGUCAACGACAGUCGAGUAGUAGAUCAUCAGUAUCUCGAAGACAUCAACAUACAUCAUCAUCAACCUCAGGAUCUGGUCAACAAUCAUCUCCUAAUUUUCCUUACAGAACAAUAGCCAGUACCUCAAGUCAAUCAACUCAACAAUCACAACACCCACCAGGUAAUUUACCUCCAUCUUAUCUGGUUGUUUGGACACCACCAACAACCACAUCUUCAGGUGUCUCAACAAUUGGCAAUACAAUCGCUCCACCCUUGCAAUAUGUUUCAUCCCCAUCAACAUUUGCAGCUAACAUGUUCACAACACCCUCUUCGUCAACACCAACCACCACAUCGACCACCACUCAGUUUACACCAUUAAUCUCAACCCUGGAAAUUGAUAGUCAGCUUGUUGAUCAAUCUGAACAAAUUGAUCGAAGUCUUUUCACCCAAGAAUUAUUGCUCAACACUAUGAUGGAAGGUCGUGGUUUCUCCCAUUCCAAGGCCAAAUAUCGUAGGAAUCGUAAAAAUCGUAGAAAUGGUCAAAUGAAUGAUGAAGAAAAUGAUAAUGAAAAAACUAAUCAAGAAAAAGAUGCUAAUGGUGAUGAUGAUGAAAAUGAUAAUGAAAGUGACGAGUGUCAAUCUGAUGAGGAAGAUGAUCCACCGUUAAUUGCUAAAUUACGACAAUUGUUAACACCUAAACUUCCAGAAGACUUGCUACCCUCUUUUUAAAUCAUUUUCGCAAUGAUUCUAAUUGUUUCUACUCUAUACUAUUCUAUUUCAUUCUAUUGAUUGAUAUUAUAUUUCAAUGAGAGAAUCCCUGGUAUUGAUGAAGAUCAGAUAAAAAGCUGAUGAAAAAAAAACAACAAAAUUAUACAAAGAAAACAAAGAAAAAGAAUAAAAAAUAUUAAAAAUACAAAAUGUUGUUGUUGUAUAACAUGUUAGUUUAAUGAUAAUUAUUAUUCAAUAAACAUUGAAACAAACACA